AUGGAUGAAGAUACAUCUAAGAUUGUUAGCAAAAACAAUUUUAAAGAUGCAGGUUGGGGCUACAGACAUCAACAAUGCUUCAUUCUAUUUUGUACCUAUACCAUCGCCUAUAGCAUGAAGUCAUGUAUGGGAGUUGCUGUGGUGGCAAUGACAAAAUACCCUCAUAAUGAAAACAACACUACAGAUUUUAAAGAACAAAACACGACUACCGAAUUUAGACCAGAAGGCUUUUUAAAUGCUUUAAUAUUAGUUCCUCCGUAUCCAAUAUUUAAUUGGAACAAAAAACUUCAGGAUACAAUUAUAGCCUCAUUCUAUUGGGGAUAUAUGAUUCUUCAGCUCCCAGCUGGAUAUUUAGUACACAGAGUUGGAGUAAAGAAUUUACUAACUGGCGCCAUGGCAACAAGCUUUGUGAUUUUGACUGUAUUGCCGACCGCUGCAUAUUACGGUAGUUGGUAUUGUACAGUACUAUGCAGAUUUACACAAGGUCUUAGUCAAGCGUGCCUUAUACCUGGACUUCAUUACGCUCUUGGGAAAUGGGCACCACAUCAUGAAAGAGGAAGGUUAGGAGCUUUCGUCUAUGGGGGUCAAGCUGUUGGAACUCUUUUAGGACUUCCAAUAACGGGUUUUAUAUCAGCAUCACCGAUGGGCUGGCCUGGUAUAUUCAGAUUUUACGGCAUAUUGUCAGGUUUAAUGGCAGUAAUUAUAUGGUUUUUGCUUUUUGAUACUCCGGCAAAACAUCCUAAAAUAUCUUUUCUUGAACAAAAAUAUAUUGAGGAUGAUAUUAGACCCAAAGAAAGAAUCCCAGUGCCAUGGUUAAAAAUACUACGUCAUAAAGGUGUUUACGCCAUAAUUUUUGCACAAAUAGCUGGUGCAUGGGGACAUCUGACUUUGUAUUCAGAAGUACCAGCAUAUAUGGACAAAGUUAUGAAAGUUAAUAUAAAAGCGAACGGAGUGUUGACAGCUUUGCCAUUUUUAGCUAUGUGGCUUGCCAACUUUUUCUUCAGUUGGCUCACUGACUGGUUGAUUAUAAAGAAUAUCAUGAGUGUUACUAACACCAGGAAAUUCGCCAACUCUUUAGGUUACUUUCCAGCUGGCAUUGGACUUAUAGCUUUGGCUUAUGUGCCUCGUAACAUUUAUUUUGUAGAGACACUGUUGGUUUUGAUAUGUGUUUUUAAAAUAUCAGCUCAUUGUGGAUACUUGGUAAACCACAUGGACAUAUCACCAAAUUUUGCUGGCCCAUUAAUCAGUCUUAGUAACUUCGUAUCGCACAUGGGCACGUCAUUGUCACCAAUAGUGAUUGCACAUAUAUUAACCGAUGCUGAAGACAAGUACCUCUGGAGAAAGGUGUUCUUCUUAACAGCUGGAAUUUAUUUCACCAUGAAUACAAUAUAUUUGUUAUUUGGUACUGGUGAGAGAGCGGAAUGGGAUGAUCCAAAGGUCGAACAAGAAGUGAUAGAAGAAAACCUGUCCAUGAUUAACGCGUAA